CAUAGCCCCCUCUUCUCUUUGCUUUCUUCUCUACAUAAUAAAACUCCUCUCUCUUUCUCUCUCUCUCACGACCCUUUAAGUUACGACGCCGUUUUCAUCCAAACACAAACCUCUGGAUUCGUGUCACCGUAGAAGCUCCGGCUCUAUUAAAGUCUUUCUUCAAGAACUGAAGACAAAAUAAAGAAAGAAUAUAUAAACACUAGAGAGACCAAGAUCCUCGUUUAUGGGUUUCAUCGUGUUUUGUGACAUAAAAACCCAUUUAAAAGAUUAGGACCAAGAAGUUUUCAGAGUUUGUGAAGUUAUUGUUGGUUAGUGUGCUGUUUCUGGCAAAUGCUGAGUCUCUUUUCUCUGAAUGGAAUACUCUAGAGACUCGGCAGAUAUGAUGAUGGAGAAUAAGCGCAAUGUCUACUCUCCUGAAGAAAACAACAUUAAACGACACAAGUCAUCUGAUCUCUCUUUUUCUUCCAAGGAGAGGAAGGACAAGUUGGGAGAACGUAUUUCAGCUCUUCAACAACUAGUUUCCCCUUACGGAAAGACCGACACUGCAUCAGUUCUUCUAGAGGGAAUGCAAUACAUUCAGUUUCUUCAAGAACAAGUCAAGGUUCUAAGCGCUCCAUAUCUGCAAGCAACCCCCACUACUUCGCAGGAGGAACUCGAAGAGUACAGCCUAAGAAGCAAAGGGCUAUGUCUUGUUCCAUUGGAGUAUACAUCAGGAGUUGCUCAAACCAAUGGUGCUGAUAUUUGGGCUCCUGUGAAGACUCCAACAUCUUCUCAUGCUUUUAAUCUCUCGUCUUCUAAUUCGCCCUUUCGAUGAUUCCUGCUAAAAUCUCUGUCUCAAGACUAAUGAAGAUUAGCCAAAACUUUGGUCUGAUCAUGUAUUGAUGAUGGAGAGACCUUGAAGUCGGUGAUGGCUGUUUCUGUUAUUUUUACCGCUUAAUCCCAACUACUCUGUUCUAAUUACUUGGACUUGUAAAAUUUGUUUACAUUGGUAACAAUUCAUUCUAAUGCAAAGUUUAACGAA